AUGUUCCAAGAUCUGCCCGUGUCCCUGUCCCUGUCCCUGUCCCCGUCUCCGUCUCCGUCUCCGUCUCCGUCCGACUUUGACCGGUCCGACUCUAUCGAUCUCGACGACCUCGAAUGCGCCAUCUGCAUGACCUCAUUCACCGACUGCGUUAUCCUUCCGUGCCGGCACAGUCUCUGUGUUGCCUGUGCUCGGACCCUCGACUCAAACCGGGCCCAGAACUGCCCCUUCUGUCGGUCCAAGAUCACCCAAUUCACCGGGCCCGACGACUUGGCGUGGACGCCAAAGUACCUGCUUGCCUUGCAGGCUCCAGCCCCGACCUCGACCUCGGUCGACAUCCUGGCCAUCUACCAGCGCUACACACGAUACUACACCCGCACAGGCAAGGUCGUGUGGAAGUCCAAGCCGCCUCGUCCCGAAGACCACCUCUUCUCGGACAACCCGCGGCUGAUGCCUGGCUAUAGGGACCCUUACUCGGACAAGCCCCUCAUGCGGUGGGUCCGCAGGGUUUUCGAGUAA